AGUCGUCCCUUGAAGAGUCACUUAUUUUCCACCUUAUCGUAGCGUCAAACGUGUGGUCAAACGACUCCAUUUUAGUAGCAUUUGUAUAGACUUAUUUUUCCGUGUAUGUUUAGAAAAAAUGAGUGAUUUUUCCGGUGUUGCACCUCCGCCUCCACAAGCAAACUACAAUCAGUCGUCAGCGUUUGCAGCUGCUCUUCAACGCGCUAAACAGAUUGCUGCCAAAAUUAACCCAAGUGCAGCUCCAGGCGAAACUCGCGGUUCUAAGAGAGCCCUAGAGGAUAGCCCCGAAAUGGUUUCUUUAGAACCAGAGUCUAAGAAGGGACCAAGUCUUGUGGGUCCACCAUUAGGUUUAGGCAGACCACCAAGUGGACCGCCAGGCGGUGGCCCCAUGGGAAAUAUGUCCUCAGGUAGUGAUGACUUAAAGCCCCCAGGCAGUGGCCCACCGGGCACUGGUUCGGGGCCUAGAUUAAGUGAGUAUGAUGAUACUGGAUCUAGAUUAAGUAUGGGAGGAGGAGGAGGUCCUGGUGGGCGAAAUAGCAUUGAAAUUAUGUUGCCUGGCCCUAAAGUAGGAUUAAUUAUUGGAAAAGGCGGAGAGACAAUAAAACAGUUACAGGAAAAAAGUGGAGCAAAAAUGGUUGUAAUUCAGGAUGGUCCUGGGCAAGAAGUAGAGAAACCACUGGUGAUCAGUGGAGAUCCACAAAAGGUGGAUUAUGCGAAGCAAUUAGUAUAUGAAUUAAUAGCUGAGAAAGAAAUGAAAAACUUCAAUAACAGGGGCGGUGGUGCUGGCCGCGGUGGGCGAAAUGACAAUUUCAGAGGCAGCGGCGGAGGUUUUGAUAAUGAAUUCGGCGGGGGUGGUGAUUUCGAGGUUUUAGUACCAAAAGCUGCUGUUGGAGUGGUUAUUGGUAAAGGAGGUGACAUGAUAAAAAAAAUACAAAGCGAAACUGGCUGUCGAGUUCAGUUUCAACAAGCCAGAGAUGAAGGCCCUGGCGAUCGCAGGUGUUUCUUGAGUGGAAAUCCCAAACAAAUUGACCAUGCCCGUCAAAAAAUUGAAGAAUUGAUUGAUAGUGUUUUGCAACGAGAUGGGGGUGGUCAUGAAAGUGGAAUGGGUGGUCCAGGUGGUUUCAGUGGACGAGGAGGAAGAGGCGGGCGGGGUGGUCGAGGUGGUCACUUCGGAAACAGAGGAGACAGAAACGGGGGCGCAGGCGAUUAUGGAAACUCUGGAAAUUGGAAUGACCGAGGAGGAUCAGGGGGUCAAGAAGUGUCAUUUGUUGUGCCGGCCAAUAAGUGUGGAGUUAUAAUAGGCAAAGGCGGAGAAACGAUUAAACAAAUUAAUCAGCAAUCAGGAGCCUAUUGCGAGUUGGACAGGCGAAGCAACUCAAAUCAAAAUGAAAAGACUUUUACAAUUAAAGGUGAAAUGGAGUGUAUAGAGACCGCAAAACGAAUUAUUAGUGAAAAAAUUCAGAUGCCUAUUAACUUUGUUAAUAUAAGUGGUGGGGGUCCUGGAGGAAUGACUAGUAAUAUUCCAACUGCUUAUCCCGGAAUGGCCCCACAGGGUUACAAUCCUCAAGGAUGGGGAGUGCCAAAUUAUGGGCAACAACAACAGUGGGGUGGUCAUCAAGGACAAGGUGGUGGUGAUGCAAAUGCUCAAAAUCAAGCUGCUGGAGGAGGUGUGAAUGUUGGGCCUCCGGGAGGCGGCGUUGGCGUCAAUCCGUCCACUGGACAGCCUGAUUAUUCCUUACAAUGGGCCGAAUAUUACAGAUCUUUGGGAAUGGUGCGAGAAGCUGAAGUAAUUGAACAACAAGCCAAGGCUAAGGCAGCAGGUGCGGCUGUUCCUGGAGCUCCUGCAGCACCUCAACCUGGUGCUGUUACUGCACCUGCGGGUGCGCAAGCUUCUGCUGGUGCAGGUGGUCAACCUGAUUAUAGUACGCAAUGGGCUGAAUAUUAUCGCAGCAUGGGCAAAGUUAAAGAAGCCGAAGCCAUUGAAGCACAAAUGAAAAAUAAGGUUGCGGGGGCCGGAGCCUCAGCAGGUGGACCAGGAGCUCAGGCGCCAGGAGGUGGCUCAGCCGGAGGUUUUCAACAAGCUUACGGAGGUUAUCAAGCGCCGGGUGGAUAUUAUGGAGGACAACAACAAGCUCCUGUGACUGGAGGUCAACAAAACUAUGGUUUUCCGCAAUAUGGAUAUGGAGGACAACCCGCGAACGCCCAACAGAAUUCCGGGGAUGGAAACUAAAUACCGGCGAUGGCUUGGAAAAAAACGCAAACCGUACGAAGGCUGAGACUGCACUCGGUGUGGUGGUUUUGGCAUAAUCUGUUCGAGGGAGCGACGAAGACUCUUUACGCAAACGUAAGAAUAGAAUAACUUGGCAAGUUUCAUGAUGUUUACCUUAAUUCAUUUAUGAAUAGGUAUUUUAUUUGAUAUUUGACCUGACUAUUUUAAUACUCCCGAGUUUAACUGAUAUUUCCACACCGUUUGGAUUGAUAACACACGUUCCUCAUGCCUUUUAUUUGCUGGUAUAAAUAAUUCGUAUCAAUUUUCUUCAUUUAUCUAGUCUAGCUUGAUUUGCGUUAACUUCUGGAAUAUUCUGCGUGGUAAUAUAUAUUUCAUCGAUAUAGGGAAAAGUGACACUUAUCUGAUGGAUUUGUUGAUUGCAAUUAUUCCGACCUGUUAUUAUCGGUGCAAUGUUAUAUGCAUUUUUUAAUCAGUUUUAUUGAGAUAAAGCUGUAAGGUGGUCCUUAGCAUUGCGACGAAGCUUACUGGUUUUCUAAUUUCAAAGUGUUGACUUUGUGCUGUGUGUAUUCACACAUUUUUAUGUUGAAAUAUGGCGAGACGCAUCGAUUUAUCUUUGUGUCUGAUUUUGGGAAGUAGACUGUACGGGUUGUCCAUGAAAUGCAUAUAAUUCUGUCUGUAUGUGAGUUAACACUUUUUUCUAGGUAGGUAUAUUCUCACAGAGAAGGAGCAAUCAGGAGAUGCGUGGUUUUCAUUAUUUUAUAUUCUGAUAUACACCAUGCCAUUAUUAUGAUUUACAGGGCGUCAAAAUCGAGAGCUUUGAAAGUUUCCUGCAGAUAUCGAAACUGGCGCAAGAUAUAUAAUCUUUCUAUAGUGAGGAAUAUACAUUUUUCAAAGUUUAUUGCUAUUGGGGAUUUUAUCUAUGUAAUGUAAUGUAUGAUGAAUCAUCAUCAUCACUUGUAUAUAUAAUUGAUCAUGAAUCAUUGAAUACUUGAUAAUUGCCAUUUUCAGCUUUUACCAUGAAUUAUUUAUUUGGUCGCACUAUUUAUUUAGUGUAAUUGUAUCAAAAACUUACAUUAGACAUAGGACAUUAGUUUUGUCCAUUUGCCUAAAAAUAUUUUUUCAACACGUUUAACUCAGCUUUUUUGAGCGUAAUGGAAAUGUUGAUACAUGAUUGCCAACAAGUUUACUAUCGAAAUUUGUUAACUUUUUGGCAAGAAAGUCAUGUAAAAGUAACUAGAAAUGUACUUGAAUACGAGACCUACAAAAACGUGCAGUUCUCAUUUGAUUAUACAUUUACCUAUAAACAAACCAGACAACUUAUAAUAAAAAACUCGUGAGUUGAAAUCUGAUCAAGUUUGUUGCUAAUCUUGUAGAUGAAAUUGUGUCUGUUCAAAUGAUAUUUCAAAAACACUUUUAAAGCAUCAAUGUUUGGUGAAUAUACAUAUUUACGUAAAUUACGCACCUUAACAUUCUUCACGUAUUUGCAAAAAAUACGUUUAAACGCAUUUUUAAGCAACUCUCGGUAUGUUUGCGUAACAUUAUUAAUUUUCCGGUAAAUGUUAUAUUUUGUUUUAUAUUUCAUUUAUUCCAACAUUUUUAAGUGUUCUAUUAACCUAAUUUUACCAUCACGUGAUCGAUUUUUUAAGCUACUUUAUAUUACCUGACUUUUUAUAUUUUGUAUUGCAUUGUGCAAGGAAGUUUGGCAUCUAUCCUCCAAAAAUUGAAUAUGCGCUGUUACACUGGGGAAUUUCCUAAUCUUUUUCAGGUAAUCUUAUGGCUAGAGAGUGGGAAUAUUAGGUAAGAUAUUAAUUCACACCUUUCAAAUUUUUUAGUUUAUUCGUUUCUUAUACAAAGUGAAUGAUAAUUGUAAGCACUGUAGUUGGGAUUGCUCAAGUAUUGAGUAGAAUUUCGUUUUUAGAAUUUUUGAUAGUUAUUUUAUACAUGAUCUACUUAAGGUGGCAACGUAUAGAAAAAUGUCAAUAGUAAUUUUACGAAAAAGUGUUAUUCUUUAUAAAACGCUCUGCGUGUUCUCCAUCUCAUCACUAGAUAUAUAUUUUUUACCGAAUGGGAAAAAAAAUAUGAAAGUUUGCAGGAGUAAAAUACCUUUAUUUUUGACAAUAUCGAACAUUCUUAUUGAACAAAAUUGAUCACAACUACAGACUGUGCGACUACAGACAAAUGUGCAUUCUUUCCUCUUUUUUUAGCGAGCUAAGUAUAUUCUGGUCUAGAUUGCUCCAAAUUUCAAAAAACUUUAUUGGAAUACUAUCAUAUUCAUUCAAAAUUAUCAACUUUCAAACAAAACUCAAAAUUUUAAGACACUUAAAGUGUUAAAAAUUUCACUAAAUGUGUUUUAAGGUAAUUCAAUCCUGAGUGUCAUUUAUUUAUACUGUGCUUUUUUUAACUUACUCUACAUUUCAGGUUUAGUGUCGUGUAUUAGCUUUUUAUUUUAAACAACAAUGUGCAUAAAGUUUGUCUGUCCAUAAAACAGAAGAGACAUUAAUUGUGGUGUACACCCCGUGUAAGUAUAUGGAAAUUAAAAGCCAAAUUUGCUUUGCAGACAGUUUACCGAAAUGAGAUUGCUUUCAGUUAACCUAUUUAAUUAAUUGUAAUUUCAGUAAAACUGCUGUGUUAUACAAAAUGUGUGGUUGUAAAGCAUGUAAUUACUACAUUCUAAUUUAUCAUGUUUUUAAUUAGUGCCGUGCAUUGUUUUGAUCGAUCAACCGUCGUCUAUUUUUGCAUUGCUCAUUUUACAGUAAAUCAUUUUUGCGUCUCUAACUAACAUAGUUUGUUUAAUGUUUCAGAAUCGCUUUAAAUAUCGUUUUGUUCUUAUUCAACAAAGUUACAUUUUUUUCCAAGUUUGAUGAUUUUUAUUUUGUGCAAUAGAUAUUAAGCUAAUCUUACAUUAUAUUGAUGUUAAUUUUGG